CUAGGAAAAUCUCAGAGAGAGAUAAUCAAGAUGGUGGUCAAAGUGUACGGUGAAGUAAAAGCAGCCUGCCCCCAGAGGGUUCUGGCUUGUCUUCUGGAAAAAGGAGUUGACUUUGAAAUUAUUCGUGUCGAUCUUGACUCCGGAGAGCAAAAGAAACCUCAUUUCCUACUUCGUCAGCCAUUCGGUCAAGUUCCGGCAAUUGAGGAUGGCGACUUCAAACUUUACGAAUCAAGAGCAAUCAUGAAGUACUACGCAGAGAAAUACGCGAACCAGGGGACGGAACUGACCGGCCGGAGCUUGGAGGAGAAAGCGGUAGUUGACCAGUGGAUCGAAGUGGAGUCCCACAACUUCAACGACGUCGUUCAGCCGAUCGUCUUCAACGUCGUCGUUUUGCCGCGCAUGGGGGGCAAAUGCGACGCCGUUCUCGUCAAGACGCUGAAGCAGAAGCUCCGGAAUGUGCUGGACGUUUACGAGGCGAGGCUGGCGGAGACCAAGUACCUCGCCGGAGACCGGUUCACUCUCGCCGAUUUGACCAACAUGCCGGCGUUCAGGUAUUUGGUCAACCAGGCGGGGAUGGACGACCUGAUCAACGACAGGAAACGACUCAGUGCGUGGUGGCAGGAUGUCUCCGCUCGGCCUGCUUGGAAGAAGCUUGUUAAGAUCGCUGGUUUGUGAUCAGUUAUUCCUCGGCCUAUACAUACGUAUAUAUGUGUAUAUAUGCAUAUAUAUAUACACACACGUGUGUAUAGUUAUGUAUUUUGGCAUGAGGAUAGCUAUCAACUAAAAUAAAUGAAGGA